GAAUGCGGAACAAGUACAAGUGAGAAGCCAGAGAGCAAGUUUUGAUGUGCUGCGCUGGGCUAGCCCUCCCCACUUUGCCCCUCUUCAUCUGUUUUAAACCGACAUGCAAAAACCAGAGAAGUGGCUUAGGAUGAAAUCCUAGCCCAAGCACAAGGUUUUGGACAAAUCCAACCUUUUAUUUUAAAAAUAAUUUUUCCCCCCUUUUUUUAAAAAAAAUACCAGAAAUUACAGCUCGCUCAGUCCUGCGAGGGAGAUUUAUAUUGAUAAAAAAGAAGAGAUUCAGUUGCUGCUGACUCGAUAGCAUGGCGGUCGAGAGAAACAAGAGACUUUUACAGGAUCUGCUACUGAAUCCAGGGAACCAGGCGUGUGCGGAUUGCGGUGCCCCGGAUCGCGACUGGGCAUCUUACACUCUUGGAAUUUUUAUCUGUUUAAAUUGUUCAGGAAUUCAUCGAAAUAUCCCUCAAGUUAGCAAAGUGAAAUCUGUUCGGUUAGAUGCCUGGGAGGAUGAUGAAGUUAAGUUUAUGGCCUCUAAUGGGAACAGCGCAGCCAAAGCAAAGUAUGAGUCGAAGUUCCCGGCAUUUUAUUACAGACCAACAUUUAUAGAUUGUCAAGUGCUUCGGGAACAAUGGAUUCGUGCCAAAUAUGAAAGAAAGGAAUUUAUCUGCAUCGAGAAACAAGAGCCUUACUCUGCAGGUUACAGAGAAGGUUUUCUGUGGAAGCGAGGGCGUGACAAUGGUCAGUUCUUAAGCAGGAAGUUCAUAUUAUCAGAGCGAGAAGGCGUGCUGAAAUAUUUCAACAAACAUGAUGCAAAAGACCCGAAAGCGGUUCUGAGGCUCGAACAAAUCAACGCCACCUUUCAACCAAUGAAAAUUGGGAAUCCUAACGGACUGCAAAUUACAUAUUUAAAAGACAACAGCACAAGGAAUAUUUUUGUUUAUCAUGAAGAUGGCAAGGAAAUAGUUGACUGGUUCAAUGCAAUUCGAGCAGCUCGUUUCCAUUAUUUACAAGUGGCAUUCCCAGGAGCUAGUGACGCUGAUUUGGUACCAAAACUGACAAGAAAUUAUGGGAAAGAGGGAUACAUGGAGAAGACUGGUCCGAAGCAAACUGAAGGGUUUAAGAAACGAUGGUUCACGUUAGAUGACAGGAGGCUGAUGUAUUUUAAAGACCCACUGGAUGCCUUUGCUCGGGGUGAAGUGUUCAUUGGGAGUAAGGAAAAUAGCUAUAGUGUUGUAGAUGGUCUUCCUCCAGCAACCCAAGGGAAUCAUUGGCAAUAUGGAAUUACCAUAGUCACUCCGGACAGGAAGUUCCUGUUUGCAUGUGAAACAGAGAAUGAACGUCGCAUUUGGAUGGAAGCCUUUCAGAAGGUUAUUGACAGGGCAAUGUUACCCCAGGAGUAUGCAGUGGAAGCACAUUUUAAACACAAACCAUAGAAGGAUCUUUGGUUCCUGACACCAUGGGGACAUUUAGGACAUCACCUGCUCGUCACUGUUCUUUUUGAAAUAUGAGUUGUUCCGUGUUUGCGCAACAGUCUGUUUCCCCCUCCUCCAUCCUUAUGCCCCCAAUACUCCCUCCAA